UGUGCGCCGCGGCAGAUGCAAAGCGGAAGCGACAGCCGACAGGCCGAGUAGCCUUUACCCGCUCGCUCCCGCUGCCACUGACCACCCGGCCCCACCUCGCCGGAGGAGUCGGCCUCCCUGCGGGCCCAGGAAUCUUCGGGGCGCCGCCGCCGCCGGAGCCGGGGCGCGAUGAUCCUCUCGGCGCUCGCCACGUCGGUGGGGCUCAACCUGGCCCUCACCGUGCUCCUCGCCGCGGCCUACACGCUUCUCCGCCGCAGGCCGGCGUACGUCGAGGUCUACGCCCCGCGCCGCCCCUACGCGCCGCUCGAGCCCUGGCUCCCCGCGGCGUGGCGCCGCUCCGAGGAGGACGUCCACGCCGCCGCGGGGCUCGACGGCGUCGUCUUCGUCCGCAUCUUCGUCUUCAGCAUCAGGGUCUUCGCGGCGGCGGCGGUGCUCGGGGUCGGGGUGCUGCUGCCGGUCAACUUCCUGGGGGACCAGCUCCGGACGAUCGACUUCUCCGACCUGCCCAACAAGUCCAUUGAGCUCUUCAGCGUCUCCAAUGUCCAGGACGGCUCCAACAAAUUGUGGCUACACUUCUCAGCUGUUUAUAUCAUAACAGGAAUUACAUGCUACCUACUGUAUCAUGAGUACAAAUAUAUCUCUUGCAAGAGGCUAGAGUAUUUUAUGACUUCAAAGCCAUUACCACAGCAUUUCACAGUUCUUGUCCGUGCCAUUCCAGUAUCUGAUGGUGUUGCAGUGAGUGAUGCAGUUGAUAAGUUUUUCAGAGAGUAUCAUUCAUCCACCUACUUGUCACACACAGUUGUUCAUCAAACUGGCAAACUUCGUCGUCUUCUUAAUGAUGCUGAAAAUAUUUGUACAAAGCUUACCAACUUAAAGUAUGUCCAUCGGUCUUCUCAAGACGCUCCAAGAAAAUUUCUUGGAUUAUUUGGCAGAAAUGAUGUUCUUGGGAAAUACCAGAAAAGGCUGGAGGACGUAGAAGAGAAUGUUAGACUGGAACAGUCAGAUGCUACUAGAAGACAGGAAAUUCCUGCCGCCUUUGUUUCGUUCAGGUCUCGAUAUGGUGCUGCAAAUGCAAUUUACAUUAGGCAGUCAGAUAAUCCAACUGAGUGGCAAACUGAGCAUGCUCCUGAUCCUCAUGAUGUUUAUUGGCCUUUCUUUUCAACAUCCUUCAUGGAAAGAUGGAUUGCCAAGUUUGUAGUUUUUGUAGCUUCAGUUCUUCUGAUACUUGUCUUUCUCCUAGUUGUGGCAUUUGUUCAAGGACUCACCUAUUUGGAACAAGUAGAGAAAUGGCUGCCUUUCCUGAGGAAGAUACUGGAAAUAGCUGUUGUGAGUCAACUGGUUACAGGAUAUCUUCCCAGUGUCAUUCUUCACGUUCUUUCAUCUUAUGUGCCCUCCAUAAUGAAGCUAUUUUCAACUAUGCAAGGAUUUAUUUCUGUUAGUGGGAUUGAGCGAAGUGCUUGCAAUAAGAUGCUUCGGUUUACAAUAUGGACUGUGUUCUUUGCCAAUGUUCUCACUGGUUCAGUCUUAGUUCAAGUCGAGAUUUUCCUUAAUCCAAAGGAAAUACCCUCAAAACUUGCAGUUCUUGUACCUGCACAGGCCUCUUUCUUUAUUGCAUAUGUGGUGACAUCGUGGACAAGCAUAACGUCUGAACUCACUCAAACUGCUGCCCUUUUCUGUCAUCUAUGGGGAAAAUGUGCAAAGUGUUGCAGGAGGGACACCUCCGAAGCCCCAUCAAUGCCCUAUCAUAGUGAAAUUCCACGGAUCCUCUUGUUUGGACUUCUUGGGUUCACAUAUUUUAUUGUAGCCCCUCUUAUCCUCCCAUUUGUAUUGGUCUACUUCUGCCUUGGCUACUUCAUAUUUCGUAAUCAGCUUUUUAAUGUAUAUGCGCCCAAGUAUGAUACUGGAGGAAAAUUUUGGCCUAUCGUGCACAACACAACAAUAUUUUCUCUGGUGGUUCUGCAUAUAAUUGCCAUUGGAGUAUUUGGGUUAAAGAAGCUUCCCCUUGCAUCAAGUUUGCUGCUACCUCUUCCGGUGCUGACCCUUCUGUUCAAUGAAUUCUGCCGGAACAGAUUUGUCCCUAUCUUUGAAGCAUACUCUACCGAGUCUUUGAUAAAGAAAGAUAGAGAAGAACAGAGCAAACCAGAGAUGCUUGAAUUCUUCAGCAAUCUUGUAACAGCAUACCGUGACCCAGCAUUGAAACCUAUCCGACGUGCUUCGAACUCGGAUGAACGUACUGCACCGCUCUUGGCGUCUAGCCCCAUAUAAGUUGUAGAUGACAGCUGACCCCUAUGGUGUCAAUUCUCAAUUGGAUUUCAUCAUCAGAUACACAAUGGUGGUGUGCUUCUUGUUUGUUACACAAAGCAGAGUUUUUUACAUGCAUGGUUGUAACUUGUAAUUUUUGUCUGUUGUGCAAUAUUUUUUUUUUUUCCUUUCUGGUGAGGAGUUUGUUGUACAUAUCUGUAGAUGAUAUUUUGUUCUUCUCAGAGAUGAAUAAUGCCUUGCUAUGUUGUGCUGGCAAUACAAACUUAACUUGUGAUGGGUUCAUGGAUUGUACCCUCAAGUUUUUCAUGACCUUGGAGCAUGUGAACAUUGCCUUGCUUUCACAUUAUGCAGCCUAUGAGAUUGUUGCCA